GAGAACUCUCCAUUAAUUCGCGUCUAUAAAACAUCAAAUGAACUUGUUUUUGACGUGAAGUAGUUCAUCGGCGAGCCGCGUUCAAGAGUUAGCGACUCGCAUUUUUCUCGUUCCACUACUAGUCGACGGAAAUCCAUUUCAUUAUCAACUCGUAAUCUCCUCGCUCUUCCCUUUAAGUAAUUGCGUCGUUUAAUAAUCGUUGCAAUUUUAAUGGAACCACUUUCGAUUAUUACCUGCAGGUGAAAGCUGUCGCGUGCCGAAAAAAAAACAAGGAGACUUGGGGACCCUAAUUGAGCACCACGGUGGCACAAUGAUAGGGCUGGGGUCAAGAUCGCAGGACAAUGUGUAGUGAAAUAUGGACACGGAUAGCCGGCUGAAUGGUGCCGGUCGCCUGCUCGUCCUCUCGGCGCUGCUGCUGCAGGCGUGGGCACACACGCGCCACGGCGACGGCUUCCAGCUGCGCGCCCCUCCGGGAUGCCUCUCCCCGAACGCGACGGACCUGGUGUGCCGGGACAGGGAGGUGAGCGGCCUGCAGCUCGGCCCCCCGAGGGUCGACCUGGCCGACCUCCGCAACGUCACCGGCGACCGCCUGGACGUGUGGAACGUGCGUCACCUCCGCUGGACGGACAGCGCUAUCGUCGACAUCCGACGGGCCAUCGUCAGGCCGGAAAACUUGCGCAGCCUGGACGUAAGCCGCAACAACAUCACCAAGCUGCAAGAUUACUACUUCCAGGAGUACGUGCGACUGGAGGCGAUGAAUCUAUCCUAUAACGCGAUCGACGAUCUUCCGAGGCACGUCUUCUUCAAUCGUUCGUUGGAGAAGUUGAGGACGCUGUCUCUGGCACACAACGCGCUGCACGCGGUUCCGUUUCAAGUGUUCGCACCGAUGGAAGAGCUCGGGCAUCUCGAUAUUUCCUACAACUACAUCGCGACGGUGCUCGAUCACUUCUUCAAAUUCAACAGGCACAUCGAGGUACUGCUUUUGAACAACAACAAGAUCACGAAGCUGACGUCCAACGCUUUGGCGGAUUUGAGCGAUUUGAGGAUCUUGGAUUUGUCGCAUAACUCGGUCGAGUUCAUCGCCAAGGGGCUCUUCGACUCACUUAACCAACUAGAGUACUUAAACUUAGCGUACAAUCCGUUCGUGAACAUGCCGAGUGGUACGUUCCGAGGGCUGGGGAAAUUGCUCACUUUGAACUUGAGCGGGAAUAAACUGACCCAAUUCACGUUCGGUUUGUUGCACUUCAGUUCUAAUUUGACGUCGCUCACCAUCGACGACACCAACAUCGAGCGCAUCCACAACAGCGAACUCCUAGGGAUCUCCAAAUUGCGGAUUUUGAACAUCCGCAACAACCAGCACUUGCGCCUCAUCGAGAGCUACGUUUUGACGGACACGCCGCAUCUGGAGGAGCUCGACAUCAGCGGAAACUCUCUCACUUUCUUGCCGACGUCCCUUGCCAACCUCACUCUCUUGAGGAAACUCAACAUCUCUGAUAAUCCUUGGGGUUGCGAUUGCCGCAUGCAUUGGUUUGGCUCGUGGGCCGAAACGAUGAAGAGCCGCAACAUCGUCCUCUCGGACUUGAGUUGCACUUAUGCCUAUCCUAACGAUAUGUUGCCGACGCUGCACCACCUCAAUUGCACCUCUCCUCGCCUCAACACCAAGACUCCGACGAGGCAGUACCGGCUCAACACGGACGCGUUGCUCGAGUGCCAGUUCUUGGCGAACCCGCCGCCGUCCAUCACGUGGGUGACCCCACGCAGGGAGGUGUUCCACUGGAACCCGGACCCGGCCAUUCCCGACGCGUUCGAGAAGCACCCGCACGCGCACGACCAGCUCAUGACCCCCAUCCGGGUGAUCCCGCCGCGGAUCCAGGUUCUCGACAACGGGACUCUUCUAAUCAAGAACGUGACGAGGGAGGAUUGCGGGCGGUACACGUGCUACGCGAGCAACCCCAUCGCGAACCAGACCGAAAACGUGCUGCUGCACAUCGACCCCACCGACUGGAACAACGUGAGGAUCAUGAGUCUGAUCGUGGGGUUGCAGUGCGCGACGGCCUUCCUGGCCAUCACCCUCGUCAUCCAGCUGUUGCGCUACAUGGUAGACAGGUUCGGCAUUUUCAACAACUUUUGCAGCUUCUGCAAGAGGGAUCGCGUGUCGCCGCGGGCCCGCCAGAUCUACGCGAUGCUGGACAACAUCGAGCAGUACAAAUCCCAGCAGUUGGAGAGGCUCAGGGACAACUACACCCAACAGGUCAACAGGAUCAAAGAUAACUGCGCCCAGCAGAUGGAAUGGAUCCAAAACAGCUACCAGAGUCAGACCAAACAUCUCAAAGAAUUCCGCGACAUCGGAACGCAACACUUGUCGACUCUGCGCGGCCAAUAUUGCGACCAGGUUAAAAGAGUGAGGGACUACUCCACGAACCAGCUCAACUGGGUCCGAGAGAACUACAUCUUCCAGCGUAACAAAAUCCGCAAGUUCAGCGCCCACAAGGUGCUUCAGUUGCGCGAAACCUACAAGUACCAACAGCAAACCCUCAACAAGGUCCUGGAGAAUCUGCCGAGUCUCUACUUCGAGAACUGCAGAGCCGGGACUUGCGGGAGGGCCGAAUCUCUGGUCUUCGACCCGAACGACGUCGAGAGCAUCGACGUCUACUUGAAGACUAAGAUCGAGAAGUUGGCUAAUCUGGAAGAGGUGACCAACACCGACGUGACGCAGAGUAGAUUGUCUCUGUAUUACACGCCCACGGAGAGGUCGCUGGGGUCGAGGAUACUUUCACCUGGCGACCCGCCCACCGAGGUUUUCGUGAACCAUAUUCGGACCAGGCCGGAGCGGCUGCCGCCGUUCGACGGGGCCUCAACUUCCCGCGAGACCGUCGGCUCUCAUGGCACUAAUCGGAGUGGUCUGAAGCCUUCGUAUAGCACCGAGGAGCUGCUGAAGAAUUCGGCAACUUGUGAUAUACAACCGUGCACGAGCCUACCGGAGUUGUGCGUAGGGGAUCAAGAUGCCCUCGACGAGGAGAACGAACGGCGGGAGACGGCCUUGUAGAGUCGCCGCCUAGUUAAAUCAACUGCUGUGAUAAAGUGAGUAAACUAUCACAGUGUAGAGUCCGCUCCAUUAGUGCCAAUCUAUAGGAAGCUGUCAUUUUUCGUUGUCGACUUUCAAUUGCCAAAAUAACCGAACCGGUAUGUAUUCUUUCGUCACCUUCAUCACUGUCGUCUGUAUAAAUGGAGAAUAAAAGUAGCUGGGAAAUAACGCUAGACUCAGUAUACCGAACUAGCUAGUCAAAAAUAAUUAACGAAGACUGAUAUAAUUCUCCACUUGCAAUUCUUAAGCGCGCUCCGCUCCUACGUCUGAUUUUCCGAAAUUUCUUUGCUGCUUCGGGCGCAACGAUUUUGAUCAUUUUCACUUUGUAGGGGGCGACCGCUCCAAUCGACGAAUUACUAUUAGGUUUCUCAUCGUAGCGCCGUCUACCGUUCGUUUUUUAGCUGUGAAUUUGUAAUUAAAUCAUCCCAUUAUCUAAUAUUUUAGCGUAACGAUAGAAGUUACUAUUUAUUCCCUAGGUAAAACGAAUUCGGUGUUUUGAGUCCUAGAUAUUGUUUAUCCACACCUACCGAUGAUUUCUACACUGGUAUAGGGACGUUUUUUUAUAAGCGGGUACCAACUAAGAUACAACUAUUUUUAUUAUCGAAAAUAUUAUCUUGUUAUUGUGAUUUCAUUAAGUGUUAAAAUUAGCAUGUAUUUGCUACUUAUUAAUAAAAUAUUGUGAGAACUGUA